AAGGAAUUCCUGUGAAGCAUUUCCUGGAAGCGGAUAUGUGUGAAUUUUCUGCAUGAAGACUCUCAAACUGGAUUACAUAAUAAUAUGCCUGUAUCCUCUGACUCUAGUAUUUUGAUCCUUAACAAUGGUUAUGGUUGUAUAUGAAAUUUAACCAAUUUCUGAUGAGUGACCUAGACAUGAGUUUACAUCGGCAAAUGGGCUCUGAUCGGGACCUCCAAUCUUCUGCUUCCUCUGUGAGCUUGCCAUCAGUUAAAAAGGCACCAAAGAAAAGAAGAAUUUCAUUGGGUUCUCUUUUUCGGAGAAAAAAAGACACAAAACGCAAGUCUAGGGAUUUAAAUGGAGGUGUUGAUGGGAUUGCAAGUAUUGAAAGUAUUCAUUCAGAAAUGUGUACAGACAAGAACUCUAUUUUCUCCACGUGUACCUCUUCUGAUAACGGAACAACCUCUAGCAGCAAACCAAGUGGAGACUUCAUGGAAUGCCCCUUGUGCCUUUUGCGGCACUCCAAGGACAGGUUCCCGGAGAUAAUGACUUGUCACCAUAGAUCUUGUGUGGAUUGCUUGCGUCAGUAUCUCCGAAUAGAAAUCUCUGAGAGCAGAGUUAAUAUUAGCUGUCCGGAAUGCUCAGAACGAUUUAAUCCUCAUGAUAUUCGUUUGAUACUAAAUGAUGACAUCUUGAUGGAAAAAUACGAAGAGUUUAUGCUUAGGCGAUGGCUUGUUGCAGAUCCUGAUUGCAGGUGGUGCCCGGCUCCAGAUUGUGGAUAUGCUGUGAUCGCUUUUGGAUGUGCCAGCUGUCCCAAACUUACAUGUGGACGAGAAGGCUGCGGAACUGAGUUUUGCUACCACUGUAAGCAGAUUUGGCAUCCCAACCAGACCUGCGAUGCUGCUCGCCAGGAGAGAGCUCAAAGUCUACGCCUGAGAACAAUUCGUUCUUCAUCUAUUAGUUACAGCCAGGAAUCUGGAGCAGCAGCUGAUGACAUAAAGCCAUGCCCACGCUGUGCUGCUUACAUAAUAAAAAUGAAUGAUGGAAGCUGCAAUCAUAUGACUUGUGCUGUCUGUGGCUGUGAAUUCUGUUGGCUGUGUAUGAAAGAGAUCUCAGAUUUACAUUAUUUAAGCCCAUCAGGUUGCACAUUUUGGGGAAAGAAACCGUGGAGCCGUAAGAAGAAAAUACUGUGGCAACUAGGAACGCUUGUUGGAGCUCCUGUAGGAAUUGCCUUAAUAGCUGGCAUUGCUAUUCCUGCUAUGAUUAUUGGAAUUCCUGUGUAUGUGGGACGUAAGAUUCACAAUCGAUACGAAGGCAAAGACAUUUCAAAGCACAAGCGAAACUUGGCUAUAGCAGGUGGUGUAACCUUAUCUGUGAUCGUUUCUCCAGUUGUAGCUGCAGUAACUGUAGGUAUUGGUGUUCCUAUUAUGCUGGCGUACGUGUAUGGAGUUGUGCCAAUCUCCCUCUGCCGAAGUGGAGGUUGUGGUGUGUCAGCAGGCAACGGAAAAGGUGUCAGGAUAGAAUUUGAUGAUGAAAAUGAUAUAAACGUUGGUGGAACAAAUGCAGCUGUAGAUACCACUUCGGUAGCAGAGGCUCGUCAUAACCCUAGCAUCGGCGAAGGAAGCGUUGGAGGACUGACUGGCAGCUUGAGUGCAAGUGGAAGCCACAUGGACAGAAUAGGAGCCAUUCGAGACAACCUGAGCGAAACGGCUAGUACCAUGGCCCUGGCCGGGGCCAGUAUAACGGGGAGUCUCUCAGGGAGUGCAAUGGUUAACUGCUUUAACAGACUGGAAGUACAAGCAGACGUACAGAAAGAACGAUACAGUCUGAGUGGAGAAUCUGGCACAGUUAGCUUGGGAACAGUUAGUGAUAACGCCAGUACCAAAGCGAUGGCAGGAUCCAUUCUGAACUCCUACAUCCCUUUGGACAGGGAAGGCAACAGCAUGGAAGUGCAAGUGGAUAUCGAAUCCAAGCCAGCCAAAUUCCGACACAACAGCGGAAGCAGCAGUGUUGAUGACGGCAGUGCUGCAGGUCGGAGCAAUGCCGGUUGUUCAUCGGCCUGCUUGCCAGAAAGUAAAUCUAAUGCCACCAAGUGGUCCAAAGAAACAACAGCAGGAAAAAAAUGUAAAGGAAAGCUGAGGAAGAAGAGUAGCAUGAAGAUAAAUGAGACAAGAGAGGAUAUGGACGCUCAGCUGUUGGAACAGCAAAGCACAAACUCCAGUGAAUUUGACUCUCCCUCUCUUAGUGAUAGUAUUCCAUCCGUAGCAGAUUCUCACUCGAGUCACUUUUCUGAGUUUAGUUGCUCAGAUAUGGAAAGUAUGAAAACUUCCUGUAGCCAUGGUUCCAGCGACUAUCACACUCGCUUUACCACAGUCAGUGUUCUCCCCGAGGUGGAAAAUGAUCGCUUGGAAAACUCUCCGCAGCCGAGUGGAAUCCCCGUGCCUGUUCCAACAGCCCCCAGCACUGAUGUUCCCCAGCUGAGUUACAUCGCUGAGGAAAGCGUUCAUCAUGGAUCCUCCACAGAUGUGAAUUUAGGUGUGGGUGAAACGCUGAAAGAAACAAACAACAACCUUUCACAACAUGCUGUGGAAGUAAGCACUUCUAUUCAGACUGAAAUUUAA